AAUUAAAGAAAAAGAAAAAACAGAGGAAAUCAAUGGCGUCUUCUGUAAAGGCCAAAAGGCCGCUAGUGAGGAAUCCCCGAUUUGCCCUCUCUGGAAUCCGUACAAUCUCUCUCUCUCUCUCUCUCUCUCUCUUUCCAAAACAAGAUUGAUUCACAAAUCCCAUCUUAUUUUCCAUUUCUUUUAUUUUCUUUCCUUUCCUCUUCACCUUUUUCGUUUUUUUCUCCCAUUUUCCUUCUUCUCUGACCCUCUGAUUCUUGAAUUCUUUCCUUCUUUCUUCUAAUCCCUUCUCAUGUACUCUCUCUUUUCACUUCCAUCGCCUCUGAUUAGUUAUUUCUCUUGUGGGUUGGUUUCCAUUAUCCUUCUGCCUUUGUGGGUUUUUAAUCCCUUUUCUUCUUCUGGCUUCUUCUAUAAGAUCUUAUCUCCACUCUGCUUACAAAUUAAGCUGAUCAAAUGACCCAUUUCCUUGGUUCUUCAAAUUGAGAGAGGAUUUUUCUUGAUUUUCCCCAGUGUUCUGAAAAAGGGUGAUUUUGGGGAGUUUUUUUGCUCUGUUUGAUCCAUGGGUACGAAUACCCACCAGAGUUUUCAGCAACCCAAUUCGGCGUUGCUUCGAUUUCGCUCCGCUCCCAGUUCUUUGUUUGCUGAUUUCGCUCAUGGGAUUGAUUCUAAGCGCUUGAAUCCUUUCGAGAGCUCUGAAUCGGAGCGGUUGGUUUCUAGAUUUGGGAGUCGCGGUGGCGGUUGUAAUAGUAAUGAUUCGGAAUCUCCGGUAGCCGGAAACUACUCUUCUGGUCUGCCGCCGCAUUAUCCUCGGCUGAGCUCCGCCGUUAACUGUUCUUCUUCUUCUUCCUCCUCUUCUUCCUCUUCUUGUUCUUCUUCUUCCUCCUCAAUGUGUAGCUCACUUGGUUUUUUGGGUUCCAAUCUUGUUCGUCAGAGUAGCUCUCCUGCUGGGGUUCUCUCUCAAUUCAAUCAAAAUGGCUAUGGUGGGGGAAGUUUCAGUAGGCUGAGUGGUAAUAACAAUGGAGGGGAAGUUGUUAGUCCAUCAUCUAACAGAUUGAACUCUCAAAUUAGCUUCUCGUCUUUACUUCCCUCUUCUUUGGGGAUGUUUCCUCAGAUCUCUGAACAAGUAGUUGGGAAUGAAAAGCUUUCAAAUAGCAAUAAUGGAGAGACUCAGUACUUCACUCCAUCCGGGUUCCCCUUUGCUUCUUGGAACGAAUCGUCUCAAUUCUCGGAAACUUUUCCUGGCGUAAAGCGUGAUCCGGAUAGCAAUAAGAAGUUUUCCAGUAGUCAUCAGAAUGGUGAGAUCGGGAACCGAGUUCAUUUGCUAUCGCACCAUUUGAGCUUGCCCAAGAACGUAUCCGAUGUUGCUUCCAUUGAGAAGUUGUUACAGCUCCAAGACGCUGUUCCUUGCAGAAUUAGAGCAAAACGAGGCUGUGCAACUCAUCCACGUAGCAUUGCAGAAAGGGUGCGACGAACUCGGAUUAGCGAACGUAUGAGGAAGCUACAAGAUCUUGUACCAAAUAUGGACAAGCAAACAAACACGGCAGACAUGUUGGACUUAGCGGUUGACUACAUCAAAGAGCUUCAGAAACAGUUCAAGACGUUAAGCGACAACCGAGCAAAUUGCGUGUGUGUGAAUAUGCAGAAGCCGUUGUCGAAUCAAAUAAUGUGACGAAAAGCUUCUGUACGGAAACAAUAAGAUGAUAGAGAAGAACAAGAUAAGAUCAUAGGAAGAAGGAAGUAGUGUUGUUUUUCUUAUUGUUAUGGUUAUACAUAUAAAUAUGUGUUUUGUCAGGAAUAACUUUUGAAGUUGAAAACAAGAGCAAAGUUUUUAAAAAAGGUUGCAUAGGAAAAGAAAGUAAAAAGAAAAAGAGGGAGAAAUGGAAAUAUGUUUGGAAUAAUCAAUGAAAUAUGUUUGUCGUAAAGUGAAAUGGAUUUUUUUUUAAAAUUUAAUAAAAAAGUAUAAGGUUAAUGGUUAUAGUUAUUUUGAA